GUCUUGGGCCAAUCAAAUCAGCGAUAGUGAUCUUCAGAGGCUACCGGGAACCUCGACUGCGUCACUGUAUGUUUACACAAAGUAGGAAGUUGUAGUAAUUAUUUGCAGUUAACUUGGCCUUGCCAUAAGGUAUUUUUUAAAUAGGCUGGCUUUUUUUUCCAAAUAGGCUCAACAAUUAGCUUUUUUUGAGAACGAAGGUGAGGUAAAAAAUCAUAGUGGGUUGUUAGUAAAGUCUUCCAACAGUUAUGUUCUGAUUAUGGAAAUGUAUUUAGCAGUCGCUUUUAUCCAAACCAACUCACAUAACUAACAUAAAAGUACACUAAUAACACUAGCGAACGGAUGUAGGCUAUUCGAGUUCCUUUUCGAGACAAGUGACAGUAACCGCGAGAAGAUUCAGAUCGCACACUCCGUCAGCAGCCUACGACCUCAAACAUGUAUUGCCUACAGACUGUCUAAACCAUAGACAUAUGGUCUAAACGCGUUCGGGUUCAGGUGAGUAUCGACGGAGGCGAUAUGAACAGCCAGAAGGUGGCAGACAUAUUGGGGGAGUGCCAGAGACGUAUGGCAGAGGGAGGCGUGGAGGGAAGCGUGGAGAUGCGGCAGGAGUUCACAACAUGCAGAGAGUCCCUCUCCAAUGAACUGGUCAUACUUCUUCAGGAGGCUGCUGACAUGAAAUGGCCAUUUGUGCCAGAGAAAUGGCAGUACAAGCAUUCCCUGACCUCAAAAGAUAAGGUCAACCUAAAGGACCUUAUCAAUGAAAACCUGUCCCAGCUACUGGCCUACCUAAGGGCAGCCAUCUUGGCUGGCCAGCCUGUCAGGGCAGCCUCUGCCAUCUUCCUGGUUGACCGUUACCUGUACUGGACAGACGACUCUCGGCAGCUUCUGCGGAUCGCCAGGAAGUUGCAUCAGCAUUACCCGGGUACGCCUAUUGCUCCUCAGAUGGUCAUCCGGCAAGCACGGGUCUACUUCAGCACAGGCAAACUACAGAAGGCAGAGUACAUUCUCAGCAAUCUAAUAAGCAACAGUGGAUCGACAGGAUGUUGGAGAUACCACACUGACAGCGAUCGGACUCUUGUACAGGCUGUGAGUGUGCAGGUCCGUGGGCAAGUUCUUCAGAAGCUGGGGCUUUGGUUUGAGGCAGCAGAGUUGGUUUGUGCUUCCUUGGUUGGGUUUUAUUCUCUUCCUCAACCUGAUAAGAAGGGAAUCGGAACAUCACUGGGUAUUCUUGCAAACAUACUGGUGUCAAUGGACGACAAGGACUUCCACAGGUUCAGGACAAGUGAAGAUACCCAUAUGGCCUUCCUUGGGAAGAUCCAACAUCGUCUACUUUCUGCAGCCGAGGCAGCUAAAAUGGCUGUGAUCUACAGUCAGUAUGCUUCACUUUAUGUGCUAACUAACGUGGUUACUCAAGGGACCUGCCUUCUGUCGUAUAGUUUCUCAGCAGAGUGCUCUCCAUCAGAGAAAAACACUUUCCUGACCCAAGCUAAAGAUGCCUUUGAAAUUGGUUUAUUGACAAAGACAGAGGAGGAUAUGGUGACUAGCAAACAGGAGCUACACACAUUCGUGAAAGCAGCGUAUGCCUUAGCGAUAACCCACAAGUGGCUUGGGUGCCCUUACAGCCUAGUGGCAGAAGCUAUUCAGGUUUGCCGGGAAGCAUCUGCCAUCUAUUACACUUACUGCUUCGAGGAGAGUGCCGACAGAGACAAGCUUUGCCAAGAGAUCAUGGGGUUUGUACAUAAAGUCAAGUCACUGCUGAAGGUGGAGCCAUUUGUGAACUCCGACCCUGGAUCCUUCAUCCCAGACACGUACAGAGCCGCAGAGGAUAGAACAGUCGUAUUCACCAUGGAGGACUUCGCCAUGGUGAUGACGAGAUUCCAACAGCAUCACCAAUCUGUUUGCGAGGCUUCUAAAGCAAAGUGUCACAGACAUGAGAGUGUGGAAUGGGAGUCGUCGUCGUCACCCGGACUCUGCGUCACAUCUUUCGGGACUGCCACCGAAACUCCUAACACGGAGUGUGCCACUGAGAGCCAAGCACACAGUAGACCUCCUGGUGUCCAAAAGGGAGAUAACAAUGACAUGACUCCAACACACCAGUCUGCCCAUUUACCUGGAAGCCAGGGAGGUGCUGAGGCAGCAACCAGGGGCGAACUCAGGGAUGAGUGGCAACACCUGAAGUCAAAAGCAUUGGAUGACCCUUCUGAGGAGGGGCAGAAACCUGUGGAUGGGAACAAGAAAGCCCGGUUUUCUUCAGGCUCGCUCAGUAGUAGCUUGGGGUCCUCGUGGGGCAACAUGAAGAGCAUCAGCAGGAGCAGUAGCCAAAUGCCACAUGGUCCAAGACACCGAGUUGACUCAUGUUGUCCCACAGAGUGUGACGGCGAUGACCCGUCAGUUUUGUUAGAUUCUCUGGCGCUAGGCUCAUGUGCAGCGUCCAUAGCCAAAGCUGGGGGUGAGACCGAAGACAAAGGCAGAGAAGAAGAAUCUAACAUCAGCUCUGAAUCACAGCUCACUUCCCAUUCCAGAACAGGAAGAGAAAGCAACACGAGCCACAGAACGCAUUUGUUCAAAAAAAGUAUUUCAGUAUUUCAAAAAAAGUAUUAUAUCUCAGACCAGAGGCGCAUAGAGACAGAAGAAGAUGUGAUAGACGUUGUGCAGAACUCAAGCACCCAAGCUGUCAAAGGCACCACCCAUGAAAAGAAAGAUAUGACUUCCUCCGGUUCUUUGAGCAGUAGCUUUGGGUCACGAUCAUCUUGGCAAAAAGUGCCUUCUCUUGACACAGAGUCAUCUAUUGAUGAUAGUUAUCUGAUUGUAAGACGCAAAGGCGUUCGGACAAACACGAGUGAUGAAAAAUCCCCUCGUCUUUCAAUGCCAUCCAAAUUAUUGAGUGAAGAGGGCAACAGAGACAACACUACACCUGCAUCUGGAGAAACUAUUCCAAGGACUAUUCCUGACCAAAGGACCAUCGAAACAGAAGAUGAUGAUCUAGAUAUCCCGAAUUUGAGUCACACAUUGCUCGGUUUCAAGGGAACAAUCCAAGGCAACAAGGAGGGGUCUUCUAGUUCUCUGAGCAGUAGCUUUGGGUCGAUGUCGUUGUUGCAAAAAGUCCCUUUUCUUGCUACAGGAUCAUCUAUCAAUGAUAGUCACAAGGUCGUUGGAGGCAAUGAUAUUCCAACAAACCAAGUUGAUAAACGCCAGAAUUCUUCAUCUGAAUCUAGUUUGUCAGGGCAAAGAGGCGGAGAGGGUAACAAUGACAACGCCAUACCUGCAUCUGGACAAACUGAUCUAAAGACUGUUGCAGACCAAAGUACCAUAGAAACAGAAGAUGAUGAGCCAGAUAAACGACACAUAAACCAUACAUCAGCGGGUCUCAAAGGAACCGCCCAAGGCAACAAGGAGAGGUCAUGUUCUGGUUCUUUGAGCAGUAGCUUUGGGUCACAGUCGUCCUGGCAGAAAGUGCCUUCUCUUGACACCGGAUCAUCUAACAGUGAUGGUGGUCUGACAGGAAGAUCUGAAGGUCUCCCAGCAAACCAAGGAGAGAAAAACAUCAAAUUGUCCUUCCCAUCUGCGAGGCUAAAACCCAAGUCUGAUCAGGGGGGUCGUCCGAAGAGUAGUGUGGACAGUGCUGAGACAGAGGCAGAUGUUUUUGAUCCUCUUCCCCUUCCGUCCAUUACUCAAGACACCCCAAAGCCGAAGAAUGAAAACGCCUCAAACAGCAGUCAGUCUAUUAGAGAUGUCAUAUGUGGGAAAUGCUUCUCUCCUCACCUGGUGGAGAUGGGUGUGCUGGAGGACAUUCUGACGUCGCGGGAUUACAACGCACUUCUUGCAGGAGUGUGCCACGAGUGCCUGAUCAACAGACUGCGAAAGAAAACUAUUCCACCCUUACCUCACAAGAAAGCCUAUGGGGCACUGCUCCUGAAGUUUUCCAAGGCCACUGGCUUGUGGACCGGCCGUGAGACAAACAUCUACAUCGGUGAUUAUCUGCAGGAAGGCAAACAACGGAAAGCAUUCAGGCUUCAGUUCCUCCAUCAGGAGGAGCUCCUGGGCAGUUAUGUGGGAAAGCAGUAUUACAGUUUCGACGUGGCUGUCCACGACCACCUCAACGACGUGGAGAGGCAGAUGACGGAUGUGACAGAGUUCAACAAGAGGCUCUACGAGAAGAGUGUGACAGCACAGAUCUUCUUCAUCCCCUCUGAGGUGCUGCUGAUUUUAGAGGGGGAUGCCAUCAUCGGGUGUGUGACAGCGGAACCAUAUAUGCUGGGAACUUUCGGCAGGCUCACCAACAAUACGAGAAAAGUCAUCAGGAAGUACAAAGCCUUCGAGUACGGCAUCGCCUUUGGCCACUUUACUUAUGAGUUCUCCAGAGGCGAGGAGGUUGUUGUGGACCUCCAGGGUUGGGUGACAGAGGACGGUAAAGGGCUGACAUACCUCACAGACCCCCAGAUUCACACCUUAAGGAAGCCCAGGAGCAGGACCUCCAACUUCCAUCAGAGAGGUAUCAACCUGUUCCUGGAGGAACAACAUGGCCCAGAAUGCAAUGCGGUCUGCAAACUGCUCUGCCUGGGGAAACUGCAGAUGCCCAAAGUUGUACUCUGAUGUCUGCACUGACCAGUGUGGGUGUGUGUGUAAAACAUGAAGAAUUUAUAUCAUAUGGCUUAAUUAAUAUUAUGGAAAGGAAAUAUAUGGUUUUUUUUACUGAAUACUUAGUAACCUAAGUAUGAUUUUUUUCUUCUUGCUGUGCACUUUGACUUUCAGUCAAUAUCUCAGAAAUGAUUUUUCCCAAUUGUGGGGACAACAUUUUUAAAUACUGAUUUUGUCUUUAUUCAAUUUACUUACAAUUUGUGAUAAUGUCAUUUAUUGUUACAUUUUAUUGAUUUAUGUUAUGGAGAAUUAAAAUAUCAAUGAUUUGAAAGGGCCAUAUUACAAAAUAUAUCUGU